AUGGAUUCAAGCGACCAGAAGAAUCUUGUUCCUUCCAUCGGAAUGGACAGCCCAGCAAAAGCUCACGCCCCGCAAGAGCGGGAUGAUGCCCAUCUCCAACGAAUGGGCAAGAACCCGGUCCUCAAGCGAAACUUUGGCAUGCUCUCAAUCUUCGGUUUCAGCUGUACGAUCCUAGGGACGUGGGAAGGAUUGCUCGGCACCUUCAUUAGACCUCUGGAAAACGGUGGGUCUGGUGGUGCAGUAUAUGCUUUCAUCUUCGCCUGGAUCGGCACCGCAUCCAUCUUUGUCGUUCUCUCCGAGCUCUCGUCAAUGGCGCCCACCGCGGGCGGGCAAUAUCACUGGGCAGCUAUGUUAGCACCAACGAAGCACCAGAAGUUCUUGAGUUACAUUACCGGUUGGUGGACUGUUCUUGGCUGGCAGACCGCCCUCGCCUCUCUGGCCUUUUUAACCGGAACGACGAUCCAAGGGGCAGCGACCUUGGGCAAUCAGCAUUAUGAUUCUCAGCCGUGGCAAGGCACUCUGCUCGUCUGGGCGGCUCUUGUCUUUGCGUUGCUCGCUAACCUGGCCGGGGGGAAGGUUUUGCCCCGACUCGAAUCACUGACCUUGGUUGUGCACGUUCUAGGGUUUUUCGGUAUCAUGAUCCCCUUGGUAUACAUGUCAGACCAUAAGUCCACCAAAGAGGUGUUCCUGCAAUUCUCCAACAGUGGGGAGUUUGCCACCCAAGGCUUAGCCUGGUUUGUCGGCAUGAGUAGCUGCGCAUUCGCACUUGCCGGGGGCGAUGCCGCUGUCCAUAUGUCUGAGGAAGUAGAGAGUGCAUCGCGCGUCGUUCCCCGUGUGAUCCUGCUAAGCGUCCUCGUCAACGGCUGUCUUGGCUUCGGCAUGCUGAUCGCCAUUCUCUUCUGCGCCUUCGAUCCUAGAGAAGUGCUCAAUUCUCCCACCGGCUAUCCCUUCAUGGCAAUCUUCUAUGAGGCGACUAACUCCCGGUCGGGGUCGUUGGCCAUGUGCUCCAUCGUACUCAUUAAUUAUGCCUGUUCUCUAAUUGGAUUGAUGGCCGCGGCAUCACGACAGCUGUGGUCGUUUGCCCGAGACAAGGGGGUUCCCGGCUGGCGUUGGUGGGCACAGGUCUCGUCAUCCCGCCGGCUUCCCGUGCAUGCGAUUGUUCUGACUGUGUCUGUCAGCAUGGUGUUGGCACUCAUUAACAUUGGUUCGUCCGUUGCACUAGAUGAUGUGUUAUCUAUGGCCGUAUCAGGGUCCUAUCUCUCUUACUUGAUAGUUUCUAUCCUGUUGUUUCGUCGCCGUAUCCGUGGCGACAUUGCGUCUACCGACGACGGCGAGCAGGCUGCUGUCAACGUUCCCGGUGGGAAGCUUGUAUGGGGACCAUUCCAUUGUCCUGGAGCCUGCGGUACGGUCAUCAAUGGAGUGGCUAUCAUCUAUACCACGAUUGUGGUGUUCUUCAGUUUCUGGCCAUCCGAGGUAGAUCCCAGCGUGGACAAAAUGAACUGGAGUGUCUUGGGUAUUGGUGGCAGCAGUGUUAUUGCCGUCGUGUAUUACUUUCUGAGAGCACGUCACAGUUAUGCUGGGCCAGUCAUGGAAGUCUCAUUGUGA